CAGGAUUUGGCAAUCUAUGGCCGUACCUUUUGGCCUAAUUUUGUCAAUUUUAUAUUCUGCAGUAUUUAAUAAAUAGCGUUUUUCAACUUCAUAGUGAAGAACAGCAUCAAGAUGUAAUCUUUUUGGCUUGCCAACACUUGUAUCAGAAACUUGCAUAAUAUUAACACAAUCAGGGUGUGUAUUAUCCUCCAUCUGCUCAAAGUCAAAGGAAUGUGUCAGUUAAGUGGGCUAUGGAAGAAGGGCAGUCAGGGACAGAUGAAUCAGAAGAUUUACCAGGAAGAAAGAAAAUGGAAGGCCUUAGUUUACAAUUUGCUACCCCACAAUCAUCAGAUAUUUCAAAUUCUCCAGCAUUUCUCGACUCAAACAGUGUUUCAAUGCAAUUGCCAUUCGCAUUCACAGGACCUAUACAAUUUAGCCUCGACGACUUGUCAAAUAUGUCUUCUUUAAAAGAAGAAAAAGACAAUUUUAUUAAUAAAUCAAAUUCUCAGUUUUCAAAGAUGAGUGAUAAUAGUUUCGUUGAUAGCAAAGGAGACAUAAAAUCCUAUGAACGUACUGAUUUGAGUAUGUCUGAUUUGAAAGAAAUGUCCCCAUUACAUAUAUUGGCUGUCUCCGCCUUUCAAGAAUUGGGACAGCCAAGUCCAGCAUCUACUACGUCACAAGCUGGACCACAAGUUAUGCGUUAUCAGACUUCUGGCGGGGCAGGUGAUGCCAUGUUAAGUGCUAUAAAUUAUAAUGACAGUGAAAUACUGACUGAAAGUGCCUUUGAUAUGAAUACUGCAAACUCUGCACAGCUUGAUGACGGGAUCAUGGGUAAUCCAUCUCAAAAUAUUCGAUUGCCAGAAGGUCAAGGUUCACAUACAUAUGAUUUAUUUGAUGGCAAUGUUAAUGAGGCUCUAUCUUUAUCGCCUCAACCGUUUGCUGAUUCAGGAUUUGGAGUAGGAGAUAAUGGUAAUUUAAGUGCUACUACUACUGAUAGUGAAGGACAAGGGAGUUCAGGUAUUAGUGAUCAAAGACUAACCAGCGAAUCCCCUACAAAUACUAGCGGUGGUAAAAAGGGAAAAAAUCGUGCUAAAUCUCAAAUUUCACCUUUAAAACAAAAUGUUCAAUGUCCGACCUGUGGUAAGGGAUUUAAUAACUCAAGUGCUUUGGCUAAACAUCGAUUGACACACAGUGAAGAAAGGAAAUAUGUUUGCAACAUUUGCUCAAAAGGAUUCAAAAGACAAGAUCAUUUAAAUGGUCAUUUGAUGACUCAUAGAGAGAAGAAACCAUACGAAUGUCAAGUUGAAAAUUGUGAAAAAAGUUAUUGUGAUGCUCGUUCGUUAAGAAGACAUCUUGAAGCUCAUCAUCAUCAGUCACCAGAAGCUAUAGCUAGUAGUGUUUUAGCGGCCAUGGCAGCAGCUGGUAUCACAAACGCUGCCCAACCCAAUGGAAAACCCAGGGCUGCUGACCAAAGAGCAUUUCAAGAAGCUACCCAGAUUCUGCAAAUGGGUUCCCCAUCAUAUAGUGCUAAUACAACCCCUUCUCCUAGUCCUAGUUAUACCAAUACACAACAGACACAACCUGUUUUCCAAUUUGAACAACAAUCGGCCAGUAAUGUACCAAGUCAAACAGCCCCUAAACCACCAGCUCCCACCACAAGUAAACAGAACUGGCAAGACAGGGCUCAGGUUUAUAACUUUGUCAGUAAUGCUAUGACUCAAUCUUCUACCAACCCACAAGAGGCACCAUCACCAGGUUAUAGUCCUGUUAGUCCUGUCCCUCCUACACUUCCUCAGCCAACUAGUCCUAUUCUUGCCCAACAUCAAAGACAAUUGUGGUUCAAUAAUACAACACCUGCUGAUAUGGCCAAACCAAGUGAGGAAGUUGUGAAGCCUCAAGUAACAUGUAGUAUAUGUCAGAAGAAGUUUAAGAAUAUACCAGCUUUAAAUGGUCAUAUGAGAUUACAUGGUGGUUAUAUGAAAAAGGACAAUAAGGAUAAAGAUGAUCCAAACAAAAAGUCUUCCAUCAAAAAUAAAUCACGUGCAAUGAAACCCCCACCACCAAGACCACGGCCAUCUCCAAACCAGAAUCCAAAUGCACCUCAGAGGACACAAAUAACUAAUGUCCUACCCUCAAUAACUCAAAGUCUUCAGUUGGUUACAACACCACAAAAUACUACUGCUGGUCAAAAUAUGCCAACAUCCCAGGGUGUUCAUCCCACAAGUGUUCAGCAACAACCUAACACCUCUGAACCUAGUACAUUUUUACGCCAGCAGCAUCCAAUACUUCAACAACAACUUCAGCUUCAUUCUAUUUCACAACCGGCAGCUACAGAACAACAACAACAACAACAACAAAACAUGGCGUUCUUAGACGACAUAAAACCAAGUCUACAGCCAUUGGAAACAUCAGGUCAACAGAUACAAGUUUCUGAUGCAGUCUCAAAUCAGCUGGGAAUCAUCCAGCAGCCGGCCCUACUCCAGCAUGUUGUCACUCCAGAUCAGCUUCUACUACUUCAACAAAUUGAUUCCAUUCAACAACAGUUACUACAACAACAGCUACAACAAGUGGCUGUUCAGUCUCUAUCCCCACAACAGAUAGAUAUACUUCAACAAAACACAUCUUCCCUACCACAAACAGCUCUAUCACAAUUUACAUCUCAACAACUUGAGAUCCUGCAACAAUUACAACCCAAUCAGAUUCAGCAACUCAUCCAUGAUCAUCAUCUCCAACAACAACAACAGCAGCAGCAACAGCAACAGCAACAAGACCAGCAACAACAUCAAAUCCAGCAGACUCCAGUUAAGAUUGAACCUCAAGUCACACAGGCACAGCAGAAUCUUCAUGAAACUGCCCAAGUUCACAUCAUGCCUCAAAUACAUGUAUCUCAAGCGCAACUGUUAGAGGCUAAUCAGCAACAACAGUACCAGUUUGAUCCACAAACUUCAGAUCAACUACAGCAACUAGCUGAACAUAUGAAAGCCUCCAUGGAAUCUGGAGCCAGAAAUCCAGUAACCCUGCGUAACCAAUUAGAACAGUCUUUACACUCACAGGGCUCCUUCCCUCCCCCUUUAGACCUGGUACAACAGGGAGUACAGGGUAUUGAUGCUACCAGACAAGGUGCUCAACCACAGACAUCUGGAGGUGAACUGGAAAAUAUAGAACUAAAUCAACUAUCUCAACAUCUCCUGCACAUACAGUCCGAACCAUUACCUAUGACUCCAUCUUCCCUUGGGCUACAAUUUGAUCAAAGACAACAAGAAUCAUCCGUAUCACAGAACAUUGCGCCAUCAUCAGUUUCUUAUAUUUCUGCCAGUGACAUUCAAAUUCCUCAAUCUACUCAGAGUCAGGAUAUGCUGGUAGCUCAUUUCUUAGGCAAUCUACCAGAUGUGAUUCAGCUUUCCUCUCAAGCCAACCAAAUUGCUGAUCAAUCUUCUCAAGAAAACAAACUUUCAAAUAUUCAGCCAACCAUUCAUAGUAUACCAUCUUCACAGUCAUCAUCUCAGAGCACUAUUGAUAAUAUUAGAAGAGAGUUGAUGGCGUCACGUCCAAAACCGGUGCAUCGAGUUAUAAGUCCGAGUUAUAGUUCCUCCAGUACCGGUGAUACAUCUUUAUCUCAGAACUUUAAACCCAUUACAAGUUCUCAAUCCGAGUGUAGAAGACGGUUAUCAAUGGACAGUCAGAGAACCAGUUCUCCUCAGCUUACACAUAAUAGUUUAACAAUGUUAUUGACUAAAACCGACACGUUUGCAAAACCGAAAACUGACUUUUCUUCUCCUAGUGGUAGGGUUAGAAUGCGAAGUAAAUCAGGUGAUGAUCAUAUUAGAUCUAAAUUAAUGAGAUCAAAAAGUGUUGAUCAAAGCUUAAUGAGACCUCGUAGUAGAACAGAAGAUUCAUUGUUCCGAGCCCGAAGACAAGAAGAAACCUUGAUCGGAAGAUCUAAAAGUCAGAGUGAAGAUGUGUUCUCUAAAUCGGAUGGAGCAGGCGUUUUUAGAAAUCCUGGCUUACUUACCAGCCCAAUCAAAUUUAAACGUAAACAUCGUCCAGCACCGUUGUUCAUACCACCUCAUCUGAACAGUUUUCAGAGCCGUCUUCGUUCACCUAGGUUGUGGGAUGGAGGAGAUAUGAAUAGGCUUGGACCUGGCCAUACACCUCCACCAUACACCCCUCCUCCUAUGUUGAGUCCAGUGAGAAGAAGUUCAGGUUUAUUUUGUUCCAUUCACAGUAACCGCCCAUUUUCACCAAGAUCAGCACCAAUUACACCUAGACUGCAAAUUCGUAGAAGUAGUCUAGGUUUAAAACCAGAGGUUGUAGAAGAAGAAGUAGAUGAAGCUGAACCAGAAGAAGAAACCCCACCACCAGAAACAGAUAUUCAGCCACAUGUAAAUGUAGGACCCCAGUUUCAAGCCUUGUUGCCUGCUUUUAAUCCAAAUAAAAAAGAUGCCUUGAGGACCAUAUCAAGGGAGGAUGUCAUGUGGGAGCCCUUUGCCAUGGCAGAUAACUCUGAUGAUGAUUUGCAAUACUUUCAAGAAUUUGCCUGUUCUGCUGCUGUCAAGGGAAAUGGUAGCAAUGUAGAAUAUGCCUUACACAUACUCUAUAUGGCAAAAGGCAAUAUACAGAAAGCUAUAUUAAUGUUGAUGGAAGAACCACCUAAACUACCAAGUUAUCAUACAUUAUUGACCUAUAAUUAUCAAGAAUCAGAUGCAUGGUCAACAGAAGAAAUUGAAAGUUUUCACAAGGCUUUACAUAAAUUUGACAAAGAUUUCUUCACUGUUUCUAAAACGGUUGAAACAAAGAAUGUAAAACAAUGUGUACAGUUUUAUUAUCUAUGGAAGAAAGUUUGUCCUGAAGAUUAUAGAAGACUGAGAAUUCUACGUCGUAAACGUGAACAAGAAGAUCUAUACAAUUUACGAUCUCGUCAACAAGAAAAUCCCGCUCCCCCUCCACCUGCUGUUGCCCCUUCCAUUCCUGUAACAGUUGAAUCAGAAACAGAAAGCAGUGCUUCAGAUAAAACUGAAGAACAAAUGGAAGUAGGUAAAAAUGUUGAAAUGGUUGUUGAUAAUAAUACUAGUAAUUGUAUUAUAAGUAAUAGUGAUGUUAAUGUUAGUGGUAAUAUACCUAUAUUGACUGUACCAUCACCAACAUCAUCACCAGCUUUUACAUGUGAUCAUCCUGGUUGUCAUGCUGCAUUUACUUCAAAACAGGCGUUAAGUGGUCAUCGUAGAAUGCAUAGUACAAGUGUUUGGAAGGGUCACUCUGAUGAUGCACCAAAACCUAAACCUGCUAAACCACGUCAACCUCGAACAAAUAAACCACGAUCAUCAACUAGUACCAAGGCAUUGCCUGUUUAUAAUGAAAAGGGAGAGGAAAUAUUCCCUUGUAAAUUAUGUGACAGGAUUUUCAGUAAAGUUAAAAGCAGAAGUGCUCAUAUGAAAAGCCACAAAAUGGCGGAAAAUGAACGCACCAAAUCAAAACCAGUUGAAAUGAUGAAAAUUCCAUUGGAAGACAACAAUGUGUAUCAGUGAUUAUAAGCUAUGUUUAAACUAUAUGUUUGUGAAGAAAAAAAGCCGUUCAGGAACUGGUUAUUGGUGUAGAAGGCUUUAUCAUAUUGUUUUCAAAAAAACGCUUCAGUGAACCACAUUUUAAUGGGCUCAAAACUAUGAAAUAGUGUGUUCUUCUUUGACAGACUUAGGGCAAAGAUGUUCCCAUGGCAACUAUUGUGCGAUAUAUAAUAUUUAGUGUAAACUUCAUGAAGGCAGCUAUUCAUAUAGAGAAAUACAAUUAAGGAGAAUAACUGGUUUCUCCAUUUAUAAGCCAAUGAAAUCAUUUAUUGAGAUUUACUGCCAUCUCAAAUUCUAUCAUCCAUUGUUAUAAAUUCAUUCAUCAUUUCAUCCCAUUUCACCUAGUUAAAAACUUGAGAUAAACUAUUGAUUAAUCAUUUAGAGAUAAAUUGUUUAUAGGAAAUCAUUCAAUUCAUCCUAAUUUUCAUUUAUAAUAUAAACUAAAACUAACUUGGUAUAAACCACCAUUACUCAUUGAAAUUCAUAUAGUACAUACUUAAUACCAAACGGUAUUUUUCUUCACAGAUUUACAAUGUUUGUUACAAUGAUUGUAUUUUUUAUGAGACCUUCAUAUGGAUCUUUAAGGUUGAAAGAAACCCUUUUAUAACCAAAUUGUUUAUACAUUAAGGAGGGCAGACCCUAUCUAAUUUUCUCUAUUAAUGAUGUCAUUGUUUAUAUUCCAUGUAUGAUACAAUAAUUUAAUGUAAAUGUUCAUUUAAUGAGGAAAUUUAUACUAAGGUUACAAUUGUUGGUCAAAAUGAUAAAUUUGAAAAUACUUUUAUUUCUACCAAACUUACAGGGAUAUUGCUAGAUAUUUACAACUGUUGAAAUACAGUAUUUGGGAGUUUUUUAGUCCUCAUUCUGAAGGAAAUGAAAUCUUGUGGACAAUUUGUCCAUUUUUGUCAGUACCAGUGUCUGGCUAACAAGUUUAAGGUUAGGCCCAAUUAUCCAGGCAAUAUUUUUAUUCAAACACGGCUGGUGUAGUUAACGUCAAAGUUACAUGUAAUUCUUUUGAAACCAAAUUUAUAGGGCUAGAAUAUAAUAAAUAUUAUUACAUUCUAUCGUAGAGCCUAAAAUCAAUAAACAUCUCAAGGUCACGGAAUUGGGCAAUGCCCCUUUAAAAAAAUUUUACUUGCUUUGCUGUUUUAUUUUUAUCCUCAUAUUUCAGAUGUUUAAAACAAGAACCUACAAUUUGAUAUCUGAUCAGAAAUAGUUUGAUAUUAUGUGUUGAAAGCUUAUUUCAAGAAUAGAUUUUUUCCUGUAACAUUAGUAUUACAGAUGGUUGUUUUGAAAAGAUUAGGCUUGUGCUGAUGUUAGAAUUAUUCAUUUUGUUAGUCUUAAAAUAACCAAAGUAUUGUUUAGAUGAGACUUUUAACUUCCUUCCUUCCUGUGUUUGUUUAAUUAAAAUUUGAAUUACUAUUGACACUAUAAACAGAAAUGAACGAGCAUAUUAUAUUCCUCUACAGGACCUGCUGAAAAUCAUGCACUAACAAAAAUUUUUAACUUAUACAAUCAAUGUAUGCUUUGUUAUAUAUCCACAGUCAAAAAUUUUAAUCUUACAUUUAGCUAUAACUUUCAAUAAAUUAUUAAAGUUUAAGACACAACAUUCCAGAAUGUAAAGAAAAUAUAGACGUACAGUCCAUACACACGAAAAAUUAGUCAUAAAGCAUAUUGGUCCAGAAAUGAUUAAAAUCCAUGGAUCCUGAAAAGUUACAGCCAUCCCAUUUAUAUUGUCUUAGAACUUGAGUCAGCUAUUACUGAAUAAAAAGAAUUUCUAUCCAUGAACAUCAGUGUCAAGGUGAUAUCUAACUUAGGUUAUUUGAUUUUAUUGACUAUAUUUCUAUCUGAAGAACACCUUUCACCACUCUUUAUUAGUUAAAUUUAAAUGGGGAUAUUGACCAUUAAGUUUCUGGCCCAUUGGAACGUUUAAGUAUGAUUCAAGUUAAUUUUUUGAUGAUUUUGUUUUUGAUUGAUGUAUUAAAUAUUACAGAAGUUUUAACUAGUGGCACUGUAAGAUGUUUUAUUAUAUACCAGUGAGGAAAAGACAUGCAAUUAGUAUUUUUUAUUACCGGUUCUACUGUUUGUAAAGAUUUAUUUGUUAUAGAUGUACCAGAGUUAGAGAAAUAUACCAAAAUAUACAGGGCUGAAGAUUAUUGUAUGGAGCUUUCAAAAAAAAAAGUCUAUUUUGAAAUUUUAUCCCAAUCUUUUUCAUGUCUCCAUGCUUUGCUUGCUUAGCAUUUAUUCAUGAACAGUGGUGUCUGCAGGAUUUCCAUAACAAGGAAUUGAUUUUAAAUUGGGUGCUGUCAAUUAUUGGGUGUGUCUGGUUAAAGAAAUUAAUUAGUUAAUUAGUUUUUUUGACAACGUAAGGAAAGGGAUGAAGAGCAUGGCCAAAUGGCCUUCCACCUCAAUACGCCACUGUUCAUUGAUAGAAUGCAAGUAUGCAAAUUGUUCAGAAAAUUGAGUACAAUGAUAUGUAUAAUAUUAAUGUAUAUUCUGUAAAUUAUGGUAAUCUUGAAUUGUUCACAUAUGUAGUUUAUAUUUUGUGCUGAUUUAUACUUUGAAAACAAUCUUAGUGCCUCUGAUAUUCGAAUUUUCUUGAACUACUUUGUGUACGUCUUAUUAUUUGCAUGUGUAGAAUCUAUACGAAAUCAUGGUUAAUUAAGAGGAACCUGUUUUCGUCCCUUGUGCCAAUCUUAUCUAUGUAUCUUAUUAUUAUAUUACAGUAUAUCAGAUUUUAAGCAGUCUUGCAUUUUUUUCUUUUUUUAAAUUUCUUAUACGAAUUGUAUAUAUUUUUAAAAAUGAUUUUUUUUAACUAGUACUACCUUAAUGUUAUAGAAGUUUGAUUUUUAAAAAUGUAAACCUUUUAUGCAUAAUUAUUGCUUUUAGCUGCUUUAUCUGUUGUGGUUUGAGAAAAGGAUUGAUAGUACUGAUAGGUUUUUAAAGAUGACAAACUACAAGUUUUAGAAUAUAUUUAUUUAGAGUAAGCUAUGUUCUUUUACUCAAACUAUGUACUGUACAUAUACAUUCAUUAUGUAUACUUCUUUCAUCUUAUCAUUGUUAGUAGACAACACAUGCAUUUAAUUUUGCACACAAAUACCUCUUCCUUUUCUCCUAGUUUUACAUAAUAGAAACAAAUCCUAUAUAUUUAUGUAGGGUGCAUGUUGCCAAAACCAUACAUUUUAAAUCACAUGCUUUCAAAUAUACAGUAAUAAAUAUCAAUUUCAAGAAAUCAAUAAAUUGUGGCUUGCUUUAGAUGAGCUAUGAUUCUAAAUUAAUGUACAUGUUGCUUAAUGGAAAACUUUCGUUAAGCGCAGAAAAAUAUUAGGAAGAUCCCAAACCCCCAAUAAUUUAUAAAUGGCAACCUGCACCAAUGUGUAUAAAUUAAAUCCUCUAGUGCUAUAUAGUAUUGGUGCUGAAUAUAAAAUUCAUAUCAAUAUUACCAUUGUUUUAUUGAAGAAAGAUAAUUGUUUAAUGAUAGUAUUUUUUAGCUAUAUUGUUGUUGUUUUGUUCACAUUUUAUAUAUAUAUAUAUAAAGAUAAUUGAGCAUAAUGAUAUUACAACGCUCACCGUUUUAGAUUUGAACUUGCUCUCAGUAAAUAAGUAGAUUCUACUAUUUUCUAAAUCAUUCUUAUGCUGUAGUUAAAUACAGUGAAUACGUUUGUAUAUUCUAAUGUUUGUUAUUUCAUUGUAAUAUUUCAUAAGUAUUUUCAUUGUAUUAUAUCAUUCAUAUCUUGUUAUUUGUUAAUACUGCUUCUGUAUGUUGUAAAUAUUACAUAUAAAUAUAUUUCAUGUGUUUCCUUGUCGAAAGGAGGCCUAUUUUCUUACAUUCUGUGUGACUAAUAUACUAAAUAUAUUUUCCUGUUAAUCACUAUUUUGUUAAUCUAGAACUCUAAGCUUGUUGAAUCAAAUGUAAAAUUGUACAAUUUCUGUGCUUUCACCCUCAACAUUUGUUAAUAACCAUUUACAUAAAUAUUUAGUAAUGCUAGGUAAAAACUUAGUCUCAUUGUAAGUUGUGGCAAUAUAGGUAGGCUAUUACAACUGUUGGCUAAUAUAUAUGAAAGAUUUACGAUAAUUAUGAAAAGUAUUUGGGUCUUUAAGGCAUGAUACAUGUCCAUUGUGUGGAAACCAGUUACUAAGAAUUGUUCAGGUUUACAGAUUCUGUAUUUUAUACAGUUUUUUUUUUAAAGUGUAAUUGUCAGAAAAGUACAGAAAAUAAAGAAAAAGGCAUCAGAGUAUUUAUAACAGUUCUUAUAAUAUUUGAAAAAUAAAUAGAGAAUACUAAAACCUA